AUGCAGGAGAAUGAGAAACAAGAAAAGGAAAAAGCCUUACAGAAAGGCCACGUCAUGCCCGACGAUACACCUCACAUGGCUGUCAUUGUAGAAGGAGGUUGGAGGAAGAGGACAUACGGCCAUGGCUAUAAUGCAGCGUCUGGAGUGGUAAGUGAGGCAUCAAAGAGGACAAUAAUGCAAGAAUUAAAUUGUCCCGAAAUGUUGCCGUACCAAAAGUUCCGAGAUUGUGUUCGUAAAACGUUUAUGAUGUCGCUUUUGAAAUUUGUCACAUCUGUUAUAGCUCGAAUACAGUUUUAA